AUGGAGGCGUACAACGACACGGAAUUUCUCUGCCGGUACCGAUUUUCCAAGCAAGCGGUGAUACGCCUCAUGGAAAUGCUGCCGCUGCAUCCAAGAGACAGCGAACGCGGCCACCACAUUCCGCCCCUCCUCCAGCUCCUCAUCGCGCUGCGAUUCUACGGCGCUGGAACCUUUCAAGUAGUUACCGGGGACCUUGUGAAUGUGUCGCAAGCAAGCGUAUCACGCAUCAACGAACGCAUGUCAAGAAUGAUAGCCGACACAUUGUUCCCUCAGCUUGUGAAAUUGCCCAACGCCACUGAAGCGGCCGUGGUAAUGAUGGAGUUUUAUGCCAUUGCCGGUUUCCCUGGUGUAAGUGGGUGCAUAGACUGCACUCAUGUGCCCAUGAAAACUCCUGGUGGCGAAGACGCAGAGGUCUUUCGGAAUCGAAAGGGGUACUUCUCAAUCAAUGUCCAGGAAGCCACGACUGUGGACAGCGUUGUCGGUAUCAGAUGGUAUCAGUCAUCCUUCGAAGCAACUGCGGCGUAUGUAGGGUUCCGUUGCGCAAGUGGCUCGGUGCAGCAUUCUGGCACAGCAGUUCACGAGGAGAAGGUACACGGGGCGAGGACGCAUGUUCCCAAGGACCAGGUUGGCAGGCGUCAGAGGCUUGCUCAUCGGACCACUGGCAUGUGGUCUAGCCAGGAGGAAGACGAAGCAUCAGUCGCUUCCGGAAGCACAGCUGUUGCUGUGGCCAGCCAUCAGUGCAACACCCUCGAAGUUUGGGUGAAGGCCGUCCGCCGCGAGGACGCGCCCGACGGAAGCCAUACCAAGGCAUGGUCCAGAAAGAACCCGGGGAGAGCGACGGCAGAAGCUCCGUAG